AUGAAACGCUCUAGCCUCCUCUUCUACUGUAUAUUUGCGUACCUAAAAACUCUCAUGGAUUCAUCAUCAGAAUUCAACCAGUUAGGGUUUGCUCCUGGCAUCACCAUCGAGGGUCAGUAUCUGGCAAGUCUCGUUCCUACACGCUCGCCCUCCUCGAAAUGUGCUAAUCCUGUGCCUCAGAAAAUUCACAAUUCUAUGGAAUGGGACAGGGCACUAGAACAUUUGCAUUGGCAGAGGGAUCAGGGCUUCAAUGGUCAGUUCUGGAGAGUGCUCUUGCACGAUGAUGAUCAACACACCAUGGAAUAUGCUAUGGACGUGAUUGAAGAAAUUUUGAAACAAGAGCAUGUUGGUCCAUUUCCUGGAUUUGUGCGAAAAGCAAGGGUGAGGUGGAUAGCAUACCAAACUCAUCACUACGGCAAAGGAACUUUAGCAACGCUCCCGGAAGUGAAUGCAAGAAGAGCACGGCAGAUGCUUGAGAGCGCAGGCUUCGCUUGCUCCCUUGUUCCUGAAUGA